AGGGAGCGGAGCGAGGCCCGGGAGCGGGUGCAGCUCCUCCACUCACAGAACACCAGCCUCAUCAACCAGAAGAAGAAGAUGGAGGCCGAUGUCGCCCAGCUGCAGGCAGAGGUGGAAGAGGCCAUCCAGGAGUGCAGGAACGCCGAGGAGAAGGCCAAGAAGGCCAUCACUGACGCAGCCAUGAUGGCGGAGGAGCUGAAGAAGGAGCAGGACACCAGCGCGCACCUGGAGCGCAUGAAGAAGAACAUGGAGCAGACCAUCAAGGACCUGCAGCUGCGGCUUGACGAGGCCGAGCAGUUGGCCCUCAAGGGGGGCAAGAAGCAGCUGCAGAAGCUGGAGGCCCGCGUCAGGGAGCUGGAGAACGAGCUGGAGGCUGAGCAGAAGCGCAACGCCGAGAGCAUCAAGGGCCUCCGCAAGUCUGAACAGUGCGUCAAGGAGCUCAGCUACCAG